AUGAAGAGAGCUGGGAAGUCAAAUGAUACGGAGCCUCUACCCAAAAUCUCUAAAAUGAACGAUGCCCUGUUUGCUGCUGAAGGUGAAGUCGUUAGUUGGCAAGCGGCACUGGGUUGUUCGUUAGCUGAAAGACUUGAGAAAAUCAGUACCAUGAAAAAUUUAACAACUCGUCAGCUUAAACGAUUGCUGAAGGAUGUUCUAACUAACGAACAUAUUGUGAGCGCUUUACACAGAUAUAUUGUUGGAGAAUUUAAAGAGCCUGAAACUGGUGAAAUUUCAGCCGCGACACGGAGACGAGCCAAAUCGUUGGGAUUGUUUUCCAUCCUUAGUGAACUUGGAGUAAUGUCAAAUCAUAAUGUGCAAUCCAGAGCUGUUACUCGAUCACUUACUCGUCGAGUUGAAGAGUCAUUACCAGACGACUUAUCAUCACAUUCUCUUGCUACAAAUGUAUGUUCUGAGGAAACUGGAAAUCAUGAUCCUACUGGAUCAUUUCAACUAGAAACGACUGUUGAACAGUCACCACCACCACCUAAUCAUUCUCUAAGCUUUCUUGAUAAGGACGACGAAGACGGAGAAGAAGGAGUAGUAGCAGAUACUGUAGAGGAAGGAAGUACUGAUAACAACGUGACAAACAAAAGUGUAGAUGCUGAAGAUCCAGACAAUGAUGUUGUUUACUCUCAGUUUCUUCGAUCAUUAUUUGCCUCUCCUUGUAAUUCAUCAAAUUGUACACCUAAUAAGUCCAACUCACGAAUAACUACUCCAAUAAAGUCAUCUGCAAUCUGUGAAAAUCGUUUAAGAGAUGACUCAAAUAGCGUUCAACCUCUUUCAUCAGAUAAAUGUCAUUCUGAUGUUCAGAAUUCUAAGACAAUAGAACUGUCACUUUCUUCACAAUCGCCUAUUAUGCGAUGGAAUAUAAAUGUGGUAGAUGAGGACGAGGAUCCAGAUGAUCCAGAAUUCGAUGUAAUGGCUGAAUUGAAUAAAGUUGAUAAAGAGGACUUUUUCUAUGAAUUGAGAAAUGAUCGUGGUGUUCGAGUUUCGAAGAGGGAGACGAAAAAUCUACGCGCAGAUUUACGCACACUGUUUAACUAUGGAACUGAGGAACAAGACAAUUCUACUUAUAAUACAUCAAGGAGACCGUCAGCUUUAGCAAUGAAGGCCUAUCGUCAACGCCAAUUACAAAUGGAUUGUACCACAACACCAAAUCAAACCGAGAAAUUUGACAUGACGCGUUUCUUUCAAUCCGCUAUGCCUUCAUCGAAAAGCUUGAAUACAUCUGUUGUUUCAAUCCCAAUACGCAAAAGAAUGGCGUUAACAAGUACAGAACUAGUUCGAUUAGAACGUCAAUUGGGAAUGCACAUACAAUUGUUGACUACAAGUUUCCUACUGACGUAUGAUUUUCCUGAUAUGCACGAAUCAACGACACGACCAUGUGCAUCUCUUCUCAAAACUUUAGUUGCCAAACGUCAGGCUUUUGAUUUAAUCGCACUUCAAAAAAAAGUUUCCGGUGUUGCAAUUCAUUCGCUAACUAGCUUCUAUUGGCGUUGUCCUACCCUAGACAUGGCGGUUGAUUUAAUUUCUGAUUACUCUGGAUUAUCUAUGCUGCCUCGUUCACCAUGGAAUAAUCCUUAUAAUAAGCCGGGAGUAGGACAUGCUGUGAAUAAAUCGCAAUCGUUUGGCUUCCCAAUUCCAUACUGUUUACUAGAUAUAAUGGUGAACAGUCCUAUCUGGUCUUAUGCUUAUUUAAUGCCUACCGUCUUGGGACCUCAUCCUAAAAAUCAAGUUCGCCUAGUAUUUCAUCCGUCAGAAGAUGCUUUGAUGAUAAUGGGAUUGGCAGAUUUUUCCGGUGCUUUAAUAACCCGUCGUCGUAAAGCUCUUGAAUCUAAAGUGUCUAGUCGACGUUGCUUCUCAAAAACUUUAAAGUCUCAAAAUAAACAAUUAGGACGUUAUAUUGCCUAUCGUUUUAUCGGUAGGUAUAUACUUCCACAUCGUACAUUUUUACAGUUGCGGUCUCGUCGAUGGAAUAUGCUAGCUAAUCGUGAUAGCAUAGAUAAUGCAGGAGAUUCAAAACCAGUAUCACUUGCCACUCGUUAUCUACUUCAACUCUAUAAGGAAUUAAGUCAACCGGAUGAUGAAUUAGAUCUUAAAAGAAUGCAACAAUAUGCUAAUAAAAUGAGUUCUCUUGCUACUCCUUAUGGUAUACCGCUGAUUACCGCAUGUUUAACUGAUAGAAAUCCUCAGAAACUGUUUACUUUUGAAGGACUUCCGACUGAAGUAGGUUAUGAGGAUGUAUUAAGAAGUUAUAAUAAUAAUAACUGUGGUGAAAGCGUAAAACGCAAGUUGGAUGUACUAACUGAAUUCGCGCAAAAUGCAAAGUGUUUUUGGAAAUCGCAAAUGGAAAAGGCAUCUCAAACUAAAGAAGCAGAAAUAAACUACUUGUCGGUUUUAGACAACGAAUCUAUGAUCAAAUCGGAACAAUCUAUCCAGUGUGAUGUUCUCGGUCCAAAUUACCUACCUGCUAUACCAGUUGAUCUUAAUCCUGAUGGUACUGUGGUUCUCAGCAGAACUAGAGAGCCUGGUUUGGUUGAAGUUACCGGGAUGACAGAUGAGCCCGGGGGGUCAAUUUCCGAAAAUGAAAACUCGACGAACUUACCAAGCUCAGAAAUACAGCAGCAUGGUCGUGUGUGCCAGCGUGCUGCAUCACGUCAUAUUGAAUUCAUCCUGGCCCGUAUUAACAAACGAAAGUCAGAUACAGUCAGUUAUACAAAUAAAAAUGAAGCACAGCGGAGCGUUGCAGAUUGCGAUAUUUCGAAUGGUGUUGCGAAGCCUAGUGUUAGUGAUUUCAGUCAAGGCGAACAAUUUAUUGAAAUUUCAAAUGUUUUCGAAUCUUAUUACAAUAAUAAUUAUAAUACUGGCAAUGUAGCGCUAGAUGCUUGUCAAAAGGUAGCUGAUUCUUUAGUGAACACCUUUCAUCUCGGUUUGGAUAUAUUUUCUGGUGAUUAUGGUUUAGACACAUAUUUUAGCCUAAAGAAGUUUAACCAUUUUGGGUGGCUCGGUCAUGUCCAGCCUAUUCCGGACUCUCCAGUUGUCAUUAGUGAUGAGUGUCAAUGCCAACAAGCUGGUGUUUUCCCCAGUGCUUGUUUUGUGUCUUCCAGUCGUUUUUUUGCACGUUGUCGUGCACGUGGAGAUGCUACUUCAGCUGACCUUUUAUCCUUGCCAUCUUCGGUUAUAGGUCAAUCACAAACGCUAAUGGAUGAAAUGGAUGUCAGGCGGGCGCGUUCCUUGUUAGAUCGAUGUCGAACUUAUUUAGCUCCCUCUAAUUACCGGUUUAUGAUGCGUUGCUUAAUGAAUCUUAAUCAAGCUGUUCAUUAUCCCACAUCAGCGGUUGGUAGUAAUCAUGAUCAGUUUUCGAUUUUUUUUGAAGUUCUUGUAUCUCUUGUAUGUGUAUUGAAUUGUUUGAAAAACCAUUUACCAUUGUGGGAGGAUUUCGUUCGCUUUCUGACUCCAUCACAAGCCCGUAGUUUGGGUCUGUUUUCCACCUACUUGAAUUUAGCUCGCAUUGGUCGAGUUCAAAGGGUUUUGCAAGAUAUUGUUCCUCAAGAUAGGAGGUUUUGGAGACGAUUGCGAAACUUGGCAGACAGCUGUAGUAUUAAAGCACGUUAUAUGCCAGUUAAAAGGAAGUUAUAUGUGGGUCCAAAUGAUGCUUUGCCUGCUGAAUCUUCAAACACAUCCUAA